UUGCUACCAACGUUCACUGUUCUUCGAUAAGUUGUCGACCGCGUUUUGAAGUCCUUCAGGUACCAGUAAAACCUAAACUCAAAAACAACAUCAUCAUGUUCGUCUCGUCGGCUGCCCGCAUUGCCCCAGUUGCCCGAAGCCUGGUCCUGAACGGAACCAAGGCGUACAUCCGACCGAUCAGCAGCGCGGUCAUCACCCAGAGCCAGACGCUUGCUGCCCAAAACACAGCGCCAGUUGCUCUGUUGCCACAGGUCCGGUCAUUCCAGACUACCCCGGUUACCCGUGACAUUGAUUCUGCUGCCAAGUUCAUCGGAGCCGGUGCAGCCACGGUUGGUGUUGCCGGAUCUGGUGCCGGUAUCGGAACAGUAUUCGGAUCGCUGAUUAUCGGUUACGCAAGAAACCCAUCGCUGAAACAGCAGCUGUUCUCCUACGCUAUCCUGGGUUUCGCCCUGUCUGAAGCCAUGGGUCUGUUCUGUCUUAUGAUGGCUUUCCUGCUGCUGUUCGCUUUCUAAACUACUUAUCUCCCUACAUAAUCGGACGUCAAACCCCGGUACUCUUAUGUGUAAAAGGAGAAGCGAAGGAGAAACAAACAUCCUGCCCCCCAAAACCGUCAAACUCAACCCCAUAACACACACGAACGAACCAUUUUUACAUAUAAAUCCCUGGCCCGUCGUUCCCACGUCUGUAUUUAGGUACCUUUCGACUAGAUAGUUUCGGAGUAGUGAAAGGAAAUAAGCGUCGGUGCUGCACUCCGGAGCUUUUCAAAAUCGACAGCGCCAAAACAACAGACAACCACUAUCGGAAAAAAAGGAUACCGUGAUACAAUAGUGGAGGACACCGGCAAACAAAACACACGCAGGGAUAACAGUAAUAUAUGCAACCUUCUGUUUAAGUGAAGAAUAACGAGACUAACAACAACCCUAAAGUUAAAAAGAGCUACAAUACAAUCAGCUCUUUCACCCGGGGAGAGGAUCGUGUGUGUGUCUGUUGGUGCGUUGUUUUAGGUGCAAUUAAGAAUUGCACCUUAACCGCGUGUCACCAGUCACCCACGCCCGGGUUUUAAACCUGAAGGAUCUCGGAACAACGAUUAUGACCGCUUCCCAAAGGCAGUCACCAGGGAAAGUGUUAGAAGAACGAGAUAGCGACACGCACACACCCUCCGGCCAUCGAUAACCAUCACACACGACACGACCUAGCCGAUAUAUCCAGCACGUCACAAACCGGCUUUUUAGACCCAUCUUUCGGUUCCAAGAUUUUCCACGCAUCUUAAAGAGGUAUCCCCGUUCUCUCAAUGCGAGAACUCUUCCUAACUGGGCACCGCUUAAAAGAAUCCUUGGUGUUUGGGGUGGAAUUUAUUUUUCAAAUUCUACACCACGCGUGUGAUGUGUACAUUUUUGGGAGGAUUUGUACGCAAAUACACACCAUCCACGGGUUUACCUAUACGGGUACGGUGAAGUAGUGCUUCCUUGCGAGAGGACGGCUCGGCACAGAUUCGUGGAAUAGUCUCGGAACGAGUGAGUGAAAGGUUUGUGUGUCGGUGUUGGAUAGCUAAAAGAGCCUAGGAGGGUGCCUUUCCCUUGGUUUUUUACAGAACAUCCAUAACAUCGGGAUUUAUGAAACGCGCGCACGUUAGAAAUAAAAGAAGAGAAACAAGCAGCGAGUGGUGAUCCAAACGUAAAUAAAGAAUGAGACUAGUUACUGGUACAAAACUGAA